AUGGAUACUUACGUUGACGCUUCUUACUUCCAGUACCUCGACAAAAAGCCCUACAUGAUGCCUGUCUCUCCGUGGUUCUAUACCAACAUGCCCGGGUACAACAAGAACUGGCUUUGGCACGGUGAUGAUAUGUGGCAUAACCGAUGGAUCCAGGUUGUGUACAACAAGCCUGACCAUGCGCUGGAGGCUUUUGAGGUCGGCAAGGCUCCGUACAACUACGCUGAAAACAGGCCCCAUGAUGGUUGGCGUCUGACGCUGCCUUUCUGGAUCGACUAA